AUGGCUUCAGGUUUUCUUCAUACAAACACGAUAACCGAUGCAGUUUACUUAUUCACACCAGUUGGUGCUCGAAGCAAAAUGGAGCGUAAUUCAAUUCAUGAAAAAUGGCCAUUAACUGAAAAUAAUUAUAUAGCUGGCAGAGCUGUAACGCAGAAUCGAGAAGUGCAGGUAACAGCUUUGGCUCGUGACGGUGGUAACAUACUUGAGCAUCAGUACGCUGAAGCCGUAUUUCGCCUUGAUCGAUAUAUUCAAAAAAGAGUGCGAGUAUUGUACAAACAUCACUACUACACCUAUCAUGAUCUGUGCCUUCAGUACAAAGGAGGAGGCUGCCCAGCUAACAAACACGUCCAUGCAUUGUCUGAUCUCUACAAUCAUGGUUUUAACAUAACAUUCCCAUAUUUCCGAUUUGGAACAGAGGGAGGAUAUCUUGGAGGAGCUCUAGGAGGGGUCUCACUUAUGAAGACGGAGAAUGGCACAAACAUAUUGGCAGGUGCUAGGGCGUGGUUUCUGAUUUACCAUUUGAAGUUCUUCCCCACCGAGACCAGCUAUAUCUCUGGACUAUGGGAAAAUGUAUGUGGGCCAAAUAUGGUCGCCAAUGUAAAAAACGCUUAUUGA